AUGCAGAAAUUCACAAUCCCCCUUCUAUGCCAGUUCUUCGUAUCCCUAACUCAGGGACUAGUAGUCCAUGAGAAGCGGGUGGAUUCUUCCUACACCUGGAAAAUCAAGGAUCUGAACCGACUUGUAAGAUGGGACGAGAAUCUUGUCGACUUGUCUAUGACUAUUGUUGAUGGAUCACCCACCGGUGUUUAUUGCGAAGUCAUUGCAAGAGCCCCUCCUGAUACAGACCUUAACGCAUGGUCAUUUUCGAACUUCAACUGCCUGAACAAUGACUGGUCGAUCUACUGGGGAUAUCAAUACGGGAAUGAUGCAGGAGUUAUGACUGUAGUCUCUCCUGAUAAAGACAAACGCGCCUUUUUCGGGUUUGAUCAUGUUAAUACACAGACUCAUCUGGGAAACUCUGGCCCCAGUCAAGUUUCGGCAGUCUAGUGCUUGGGGGAUAAACAUCAUGGACUUCAGCAUAGAUUCAUAUGUUGUUACAAUCUCUUGUUUCUCGUCGCUCCUUCACGUCGGACAUAUCUUUAUUUCCAGCUCUCUGAGACCAUGAAGUAUGGAUUAUAU